AUGGCUGGAACGAGAUAUCACAUUGGUGAGAGAACUGAGGCUACUGGAAGCACCACUCCUGCUAUUGCAAAGGGGUUUGCCAUUGGAUCAGCAGCAUUGCUGUCAUUGCCUCUAUUUGGUGCCUUUCUGUGUCCUUUCUCUUCCAUGACCAUGAAGAGUGUGGGAAGUACAACUUUAAAGAUGGUUGAUGAGGUUCGGAAACAGUUCAACACCAUUUCUGGUCUCAUGGAGGGUCAUGCCGAACUCGAUUAUGCUACAUAUGUCAAAUUUUCAAUCGAUGCCUCUAUUAAGUAG